GACAGCGCGGUGUCCCAUCGCAGCACGGGCUGCAGCGUCAGUUGUGUCCGCCAGAGUGGUGAAGCAGGGUCUCAGUCAAAGACAACCAAGCAGCGAGCUGAAUUCCUGCGGCGAUUUGGUUUAUGGUGAGCUGAUUGACAAAAGACUGUUGGAGUCUGCAGCCGGAUAACUAUGCAUCAGAUCUGUAUCCUGAUUCAGCAAGAGUUAAUGCACACAGGGACACACAUGACCCAAUAAACUGUGACUGUGACAUACUAUCAAGGAAAUUCCUCCAUCCUCCAGGGUCACUUCGAGAGAUUAACAACAAAUCAGAAAUCUACAGGGAGAUGGCCACCGAGAAAAACCAAACUAAACUUGGAUCAGCAGUAGCAUUCCACCAUGUUUCAUCUCCAUCUACUGGGAGUAGACCCAGCAAAGAGGAUAAACAAGCAACCAAUCGGCCGGAAGCAGGGCGAAGCUCUGACCAGCUGUGGCUUUCAAAGCAGCGAAGUUGUCCUUCACUCCUGGUCUACAGGAAGCUGUCAUGUGAAAAUGUCAAAGGGACUCUUUUGGAUGAUCAUUAUCAUUAUGAAGACUUUAAGUACAGCUCAAAAAUCAUCAGUGCAAAAGAAAACCUUUUUGCAGAACUUUCAACUGUUAAACAUAUAGAAAGAGAAGCUACAAUAUGUAGGAAAUGUUCAGAAGGAUCUGUUUUACUGGACACCCCAGGAGAUGAAAUGGAUGACGGGGGAAACAAACCUACCAAUAGUCCAUAUUCCUGUGUCAGGUCUAGCUUUCAAAAAAGACUGAAUGCUUGCUUAUGUCACAGCCUUCAGUCCAGUCAGGGCCCCAGUUCCAGUCCUGUUCAACGUUGCCAUCUCCGCCGCGGCAGUCUGCCCGUGUCCAUGCUGGCUUUCCAUAAGGACGGUCCCUCCAGCGAACCGAGCUCUUUGACCUCUUCUCCCUGCGGUUCUCCCCACCCCUCCAACCGGCAGCAUCACACAAAUGGUCACAUCCCUCUGUACCAGCUCAAAGAUGGAUAUUCAAGUUUAGAGAGGCUAAACAGAAGGCCCAAGAAGCAAAAAUACUCAUUUGAGAAAGUCUUCGUUCGAGUGGCUUCUCUAGAAACUAUACCAACAACACAGGGCUCAUCCUCGGGAGGAGCCACAAUCUGCAACUGGGGCCGCAACAGCAGCGACGAGGAAGAGGGAGACAGCCUGUUGGAUAGUGCAGAGUUUGUCAGUGACCGUAAAGAACGUUCCACUGUGCUGGUGAGGCGGUUCUACAAGAAUAAUAAGAAGGUGACUAAGUCGGUGUGCACAGGAACCAGAGCAAUUGUCAGAACACUGCCCUCAGGUUGCAUCUCAGAGGAAGCCUGGGGGAUUGUUGUUAAAUACAGAUUCUGGCAUCCUCGCAAAGAAGAUCUGUGUCCAGUCUUAAUGCGUGGAGAACAUUUCAGAAGCUGCAGAGAAAUGCUUCGCUCUGUCAGAAUGAGCCCGCAUCGGGUUACCAGCUGUUUGCAGGACAGAGGAGAUUUCAAUCUAAUUCAUCCAUCCAGAAAACUCCUGUUGUCCUGGCCUGGAUGUGCCUGUCCCUGGGUGUCUCUGUGUCCACUCCCUCUGACCUGUGCACUGGGACCGGACUUGAAAACUUACUUUAUUCCUCGGUGUUGUCAACCUCCUCAUCUGCAUAGAUUAUAUCGUGCUUGUGUCCAGAGGACGUCGCUGUGUUCUCUGCUCACUGGAGCGCUCCUCGAGGCCACGGUUUCUCUUGGGGCUCGGGCAACUCCUCCCUUCUCAUUACCCCAGUGCUCUAACGGCCACGCUGUGCUGAAAGAGCGUCAGCUGGCCAACAAUAUGACCAGCAGCAGCAGCUCUCUUCCUCCCAGUGUCAGCGGGAUCAGCAAGGAGCUGGCAGAGCUGCGGCACCUUAUUCAGUUCCCAGAGGAGAUCGCCUGCAUCCUCACGGAACAGGAGCAGCUGCUUUAUCAGCAGGUCUUUCCCUUAGACUACCUCUGUUUCCUCACUCGAGAUCUUGGCAGUCCCGAGUGUCAAACUAGACGCCGCCCAAACCUGAAGGCCUCGCUGUCGGUGCCCGCCAUGCCCACUCAGAGUGCUCAGCGAAGCAACGCUGUGGAGGACCUGGUGGCACGGUUCAAUGAGGUAAGUUCAUGGGUGACAUGGCUGGUCCUGACAGCUGGGUCUAUGGAGGAGAAGAGAGAAGUUUUUUCAUAUCUUGUCCACGUCGCCAAAUGCUGUUGGAAUAUGGGAAACUACAAUGGUGUCAUGGAGUUUCUGGCUGGACUAAGAUCCCGUAAAGUGCUCAAGAUGUGGCAGUUUAUGGACCAGUCAGACAUCGAGACCAUGAGAAGUUUGAAGGAUGCCAUGGCUCAGCACGAAUCUUCUUCUGAGUACAAGAAGGUUGUGACUCGAGCACUCAAUAUCCCAGGCUGCAAGGUGGUGCCAUUCUGUGGGGUAUUUCUUAAAGAGCUAAGUGAUGCACUGGACAGCACAGCAAGCAUCAUCAGCCUCAAACAAUCUCCAGAUAACACAGACAACACAAUAGAGUUUGUAUCUGACUACAGUGGGCAGCACAAUUUUAUGUCCCGGUCCGGGCCUGAUGGGCUACAUGUUCCAGAGAAAGAAGCUACCGUCAGCAACAUCCUGCAGAUUAUUAGAUCGUGCAAUCGUAGUUUGGAGUCUGAAGAGUCCGACGAAACAUCAACCAGUCCAUCCUCAACCGGUCCAUCCCUCACAUUCAGAUGCAACUCAUUACGGGACCGCUGCCGUAAUCAGUUCACAGUUGGAGACUUGUCGGACUCUGAUGGUGACUUGUCCACUGAACCAGUGGUGAAAGAGGUGGAGUUUCAGGGUACCGAGGAGACGCACAAAGCUUUCAGUCAUGGCACGGAGCUCAUUCCCUGGUAUGUACUGUCAUUACAACCAGAUGUUCACCAGUUUCUGCUGCAGGGGGCUACGGUCAUUCAUUACGACCAGGACAGCCACCUCAGCGCUCGCUGUCUACUGCGACUACAGCCUGAUAACACAACACUCAUCUGGGGUAAACCUCAAAGUGGAGGAGCUUCCUCCACAGAGCACCUGCCCGGGUUAGGACACAGCGUGGUGCCUGGGUUAGCAGAAGGCCUGUUGGACCUCGGAGUGGUGAAGGCAGUGUUUCUGGGCCAUCAGGGGGUUGAUGUUCACGCUGUUUGUUUGCAAAACAAGCUGAGCCAAAUGACGGUGGAGGAAAACGGUCUGACUCUGCUCUACGGUCUCAGCACUACUGACAACAGACUUCUGCACUUUGUGGCACCCAAUUACACUGCACAAACUCUCCAUAAGGGCCUGUCAGAGCUGGUGAACGCAACCAGGAAACUGAAGAAGUUUCCCGACCAAAGAUUGCAGUGGCUGAGGAGGCAGUAUGUUAGCUUGUAUCAGGAGGAAGGCAGGUACGAAGGUCCCACAUUAGCCCAGGCCAUUGAGCUGUUUGGUGGGAGGAGGUGGAACAUGGGCACAGGUGCUGUGGAGAAGCAAAGUAAUCAGAAAAACAGUCCACUGAGCAUUAAUGACAGGUCCAAGAAGAAAAAGAAGGUUCUUGUAAGGGGAGACAGUGGGGAUGCCACUGAUGAUGAGAUGGUAUCCAGGAAGACACGUAGCUGUAAGGAAGGUCUAUAUCGAAAUGGUCCGGAGUUUGACAGCAUUGACCAAGAAGAUCCAGAUGACAGCUUCCCUGGACCAUUCUCCCUAUCAUCCAACAAGGGCUCUGGGUUGCUAAACUCUUCCUCAUCAUCGUCCUCUUCUUCCAGCAUGGCCGGGUCUAACCACUCCCGCCCACAAUCAUCUCCAAUCCUGUCAGGAACCUCCAAGUCACAACCAGGGGCUUGGAGCAGCAGAUCGUGGCACGGCAGAGGUAAAGGCUGUUUCAGGGGCUUCCAGAAUCUCAUGAUUUCUGACAGCACCAUGGGCUUCAUCGAAUUUGUUGAGCUUUUCAAGUCGUUCAGCAUCCGAAGCAGGAAGGACCUGAAAGAACUGUUUGACACCUUCGCUGUGCCCUGCAGUCGCUCUUGUCCAGAAUCCUCCCCUCUCUACACCAACCUCAGGAUAGAUGACAAAGACACAGGACUACAGCCAGACCUCGACUUAUUAACCCGGAAUGGAUCUGAUCUUGGCCUGUUUAUCCGGACGAGGCAUUUAAUGUCAGACAACCAGAAGCAGAUUUCAGAUGCAAUCGCGGCAGCCAGCAUUGUGACGAAUGGCACAGGGGUGGAGAACGCAUCGUUAGGUGUUUUGGGAUUGGCUAUACCACAGCUCAAUGACUUUUUAGUGAACUGUCAGAGAGAGUACCUGAGCUAUGAUGAGAUCCUCAGCAUUAUACAGAAAUUUGAGCCCUCAUCCACCAUGAGACAAAUGGGUUGGAUGUCAUUUGAAGGUUUUGCAAGGUUCCUGAUGGACAAAGACAAUUUUGCUUCUCGUAAUGAGGAAUCUCAGAUGAAUCCAGAGGAGCUGCAGUACCCUCUGUCAUAUUACUACAUUGAGUCUUCUCACAACACCUACCUGACUGGCCAUCAGCUCAAAGGAGAGUCCUCUGUUGAGCUUUACAGCCAUGUUCUGCUUCAAGGCUGUAGGAGUGUGGAGUUAGACUGCUGGGAUGGAGAUGACGGCAUGCCAGUCAUUUACCAUGGACACACACUCACCACUAAAAUUCCCUUUAAGGACGUGGUGGAAGCAAUAAAUCGGUCUGCAUUUGUCAACUCUGACAUGCCAGUUAUAUUGUCCAUAGAGAACCACUGCUCCCUUCUGCAGCAGCGUAAGAUGGCUGAAAUAUUCAAGACCGUGUUUGGGGAACGUCUCGUGACCCGCUUCCUGUUUGAGAGCGACUUCAGCGAUGACCCUCACCUGCCAUCCCUGCUGCAGCUGCGUGGGAAGAUCCUCCUUAAGAACAAGAAGCUCAAAGCUCAUCAGGCACCGGUGGACAUCCUCAAGCAGAAGGCUCACCAGCUGGCCCACCUGCAAGCCCAGGCAAGCAACGGAUCACCAGGGCUUUCUUCCCCUAACAGCCAUGCCAAUGAGGAAGAGGAGGAAGAAGAAGAUGAAUAUGACUAUGAUUAUGAGUCUCUAUCAGAUGCUGAUGUCUUCACAUCCUCUACAGCCUCAUAUGGCCUUGAAGAUAACAUCCUGGAUGACAAACCUGAUACUAAGAGCGCAGCAGACAAAGAGGAGCAAAGUGUCGAUGAAAUACCGAAGAGGACGAAGAAGGCCUACAACAUGAUGCAGAGCAAAGGAAAGGUGUUUGACAUGGAGCUGGGUGAGGAGUUUUACCUUCCUCAGAACAAGAAGGAGAGCCGACAAAUAGCCCAGGAGCUCUCUGACCUCAUCAUCUACUGCCAGGCUGUAAAGUUUCCUGGUCUGUCUACAUUGUCUCCAUCUGGCUCCGGUAGAGGGAAGGACCGAGGAAAGAGCAGGAAGUCCAUAUUUGGAACAGCUCCUUCUCGCUGUAGCGCAACGGGGGAGGUCACAGCUCAGAGCCGCACCCCAGGAAAAGGUGGAUCUGAACGACUUAGCUGGGAGGAACAGCAGACGUCGCCCAUGCUCAACCCUCCUACGUCGCUCAGCGCCAUCAUCCGUACACCGAAAUGCUACCACAUCUCGUCCGUCAACGAGAAUGCAGCCAAGCGACUGUGUCGGCGCUAUUCUCAGAAGCUGAUCCAGCACACGGAGUGCCAGCUGCUCAGGACAUAUCCAGCCGCUACCAGAAUCGACUCCACGAACCCCAACCCUCUGCUCUUCUGGCUGCAUGGAAUACAGCUGGUGGCGCUCAACUAUCAGACAGAUGAUCUGCCUAUGCAGUUAAACACAGCGUUGUUUGAGACUAAUGGUGGCUGUGGCUAUGUCCUGAAGCCUGCGGUGCUUUGGGACCGUAGCUGUCCACUUUAUCAGCAGUUCUGUCCGACGGAAAGAGAUCUGGAGAAAAUGAGCCCAGCGGUCUAUUCCGUCACCCUGGUUUCCGGACAGAAUGUUUGUCCGGGUAACAGCUCCGGCAGUCCCUGCAUUGAGGUAGACGUUCUGGGAAUAUCAGUCGACACCUACCACUUCCGUACCAAACCCAUCCACCGCAACACCCUCAACCCGAUGUGGAACGAGCACUUUCAGUUCACUGUGCAUUUUGAGGAGAUGUGUUUCCUGCGAUUUGCCGUGGUGGAGAACAACAGCUCUCAGAUCACUGCACAGAGAACUCUGCCCCUGAAAGCCCUCAAACCAGGUUACAGACACGUUCAGCUGAGAACGCAGCAUAAUGAACCUCUUGAAGUGUCCAGCUUAUUUAUCUACAGCCACAGAACAGAGGAAGGUCCCACAGGGGGCGCCACUCCCUCAUCUUUGCUGUUCAGUUCAGAGGAGAAGCAUGUUUCAGAGCAGCAUAGGGUGACAGUGCAUGGAGUUCCUGGUCCAGAACCCUUCAAAGUCUUCUCUGUUACAGAGCAGACCACCGCCAAACAGCUGCUAGACAUGGUUGUGGCAUCUGGAGGAAACCCUUCAGAGUACUUCUUGUGUGAGGAAAAAGUCCCCCUUCUCAAGGAGCGCAGUGAGGUGAAACGCUGUGCUCAGUAUCGGCCCCUUCCCCCUGAGGAGGAGGUGGUCAGGCUCGUCAGCAGCUGGGAUACCAAGGAUGGAUAUGUGGGGAGGAUCUGCCUUAAAACAAGAGAGGAGAACCUAAAUAACAAACACACUGUUCAGGAAGGAGAGGAGGAGGCAACAGUGGGGGGGAAAGAAGGAGCAGGAGGCGGUGGGGGUAGUGGAGGAGAGGAUGAGAUGUUCUUUGUCCAGGUCCAUGAGGUUUCACCAGAACAGCCUCACACUGUGAUCAAAGCCCCACGGUAUAGCACAGCACAGGACAUCAUCCAGCAGACGCUGUCAAAGGCAAAGUAUUCCUACAGUAUUCUGUGCAAUCCCAAUCCCUGUGACUAUGUGUUGGUGGAGGAGGUCGCAAGGGACGCUGGUUCUAAGAAGUCGUCCACCACCAAGCCCCUUCAGCGGGUGCUUCUAGACCACGAGUGCGUCUACCAAGCUCAGAACCGCUGGCGGGGAGCUGGAAAGUUCAUUCUUAAACUCAAAGAGCAGUUGGUGCGGGAGGACAAAAAGAAAGGUAUUUCCUUUGCCAGCGAGCUGAAGAAGCUGACCAGUCGCAGCCGCAGCAUGACGACGGGCAUGGCAGCGGACGGUCCCGCGCAGAGGUAUCUCUCUGCAGCUGCAGGCCUGAAGGCAUGGGUGACUGAGGGUAGGGUGGAGACUGGAAGGUUCAUCCAGGGCUCCUCUUUCUCCUCCUCCUCUGAUGGAGAUCUCCAACUUUUCCACCUUACCAACUGCUCUCUGACCCUCCAAGCCUUGAAGCUUCACCUCCUUAGGAACUGGAAGGUCCACAAAUGAGCUCCAGGAGGGAAAACUUGCUCAGACUACUAAACAUGGGGGAUUCCCCUGUUUUUCCACAAGGUCUGAAGUGUUUCAGGGGGAGAAGUUGUGGAUUUCUGGGUAGAUUUUUCUUAGUGUGGAGCGAGCGGAUACCAACCUUGUUUCGUCACUUGCUUGAAUGGUGGAAGCUUAGAAUCUACCAAGUGCCCAAUACGGUUCCUCUUGGUUUAUAGUGAUUGUUGUGGCUCCAUAGAGGGUCCAGAGUACCACGGGCAGCUGUUUUGAAACGCAGUUUUCAGGGACAUUAAAUAGCACUAAAGUAUUUCCUGUGCUUCUAGUGAGCAGGAGGAAAAAAAUCCCUGAGGGACGUUCAAUGGACAGUAAAAGGUUAAACUGCUAAAUGAGCUGCUCAACGGAUAAUGAUUGUUUUCUUGUAUGAAGAGCCACAAACUAUCCACCGAGUUGUCUUAAUAGUAACAGAUGAAGAAAGAUCUUAAUUAAACUGAAGGAAAUUGUAUGUGAGGAGAUUUCAUUCUUCCUUUAAUGAGUCAAGACAUUGUGAAAGAGGCAGACAAGCAGGCUUGUUUGGUUCUUCUCUUACCGUUUCAGUUCUGUAGUGCUGUAAGAGCACAGUUUGAAGCACUGCAGUAAAGUUUUCCACUUUAUCUAGUUAUUCACUAAUGGAAACUGCCAGGCUCCAGGCAAUUUGUUGAACACUAACAUACCUGCACUAAAGGCAACAUGACAGCAUCCUAAAACAGCAUAGGUGUGCAAUAUUGGUCUCCGUUCAGGAGUAACUGCAGAACCUUUUUACAGUUGUUGCUUAAGGUUCAUGUGGCUGAAGAAUGUUGCAAAACUGUCUCUAAUUUUAAUUUUGAAGCUGUUUUUAAGGAUGAUUGACGCUGUUGCACAGAAAAUGUAAGAGCUCACAUCUCUUGUUACUUAUCAUUUCGGUAACUAAUGCAAAACACUUUAGGUCCAACAAAAUCUGUACAUACCUGGUCUGAAAUUUCACUCCACCAUUUCCCACCAUUCCUCGAUCUCAGGAGACAAAGAUCGUAAGUGGAUAGUCGAUAGUCAAACUUUAUGCUUUUUUCGAAUGCAGCAGUUCAGCUCAUAGAUUAUUUGGGAUUUGAUUCUCCUAACAGCAUUUUGCACGUCUUUUCCUUUGCUGUUGUUAGAUGGUCAGAAUGUGUUUUGUUUUCUUUAUUUUGACCAUUUGUGUUACAUUUAUUUUCAACCAAGUUUUUUUAUUAUUUAAGAAGAAGAAAAUGUGAGAUCAAUUUUAUGAGUUGUUCAUAUCAAUAUACCAUCUAAGCUUAAAUUUGAAUGAUGUUGAAACUAGAAUCACUUUGGGCCAGUUUGCCCUAGUUCCUUUAGUUUUUCCUCAUUGGAAAAUUUCUUUAUAUCAUUUUUGUUUGUUUUUUUUUUUUUUUUUGCUUUAGAACAUAAUUAAAUGUAUUUUUGAUCUUUCAUUUGUAAGUACGAUGGUUUGUCCCUCUGGUCCAAAAGGGUUGCCAUGUUUUGGUGAAAUUAAGACAUGAAAUCAAACAAUAUUUAGCUCAGGCAAAAAAAGGCAAAUUAUAUUUUAUUUUUUGCCUAAAUAUGGAUGACAGAAUGACCUACAUGUGUGUAUGUUAUGGCAAGUGCAUUUUCCUAUCAGAAAAAUAAGUACAAAAAAUAUUAGUUUUUUUCUAAUUUCUUUUUUCUCUCAAAAACCCCUUAAGACAAUUUAAAAAAUUGUAUGUUUGAAAUAACACAAAUUCACUGCUAAACUUAAAUCUUAUAAUCUGUCACCCUUUACACCUGAACCUGUGCUGGCAAAGUGUACAGUAUGCAUCACCUGAUGACAUCACAUAUUAGCUGUAAGUGAUUUCAACAUCAGGCCCACAUGCAAUAAAAAAUUUGUCUUAUCCUCAUACAAACUCAUCAGAAUGUUAGAUGUGUAAUUAUUUUCUGUGUUCCUGUUAAUCUAAUUAUGUUUUUUGGGCCAUACAGUAGAAACGCUAUCUCCUACUGUCACAAAGUUAUGUGCCUUUCUGGGAAUAUGAACAGGAGCAUUUUUUGCUUUUCUUUCCCAGGGAAUUUGUUUUUAAUUUAAAAAUGAAAUGAAAAUGUCAUUAAGUUUAGGUUUCAUUCAUCUGUUUUUGUCCACAAAAAAUGGCUUGUAUUUCAGAAGAACAUCCAUUUACCAAAACUUGCCCAAUUCAACCUUAAAUUGGUAUAAAAAUAUACAAGGGCUGAAUAAAAAGCUAAAUAAUCAGGUUUUCUAUAACAAAUCAUUCAGUAUCUCCUCUGUGAGUUCCUCUGGUUAAAUUUCUACUAGCACAGUUUGCAUUUGAAAGAAGUCAAUUUGUGCAACUUUUAACUCACAUUCCAACAUUUUACUGACUGAAACCCUGUACUGAUAUAAACUCAGAAGUGUUUAAACAAAAAAAAACCUGACCUUUUACCCUUUAGUUUUUAUUUUAUUUUGAAUUAGCAUAGUGCCAAGUAACUAGUUUGAAUUUUAGUGCAAUACUGAAGCUGUGUCUCUUCACUCUUUUGAUUUAAAAUGUACUUAUUUUACAUAUUUAACUGUCGGCCUUGAAGUAUUGUUGUAAUUGGUCAGAACUGAUUUCAUUCACACGCACUGAUUAUCAUCUGACAGGGGGGGGGGAGUCUGGUCCCAGAGGCUCAUGGUAAUUAAGGUAACACUGAUCCGGGAAACCACAACAUCAUGUCAGUGAUAAUGAAGCUUUCAUCUUUUUUAUCAGACUGCUGUUAUUAUGAUGGAUUAGACUUUAAACAUAAAGAAAAACCAUUAUGUUAAGCAAAAGAUAAUACUUCAUCCAAUGACCAUUACCUUCAGUUUCCUUUGCAUGGAUGAAAGUGAUGUUAGUGCACAGUGCAGGUAGGAAGUGUUUCUGUUAAACUGUAAAAUAUGUGAAUGAUCUGCUUUUUCUCACAUUCACAUUUUGCUUUCCUUCUUCCUGACCUGUAGACCUUAUUUCUAAAUGUAAUGUUUUUGUUAUUUUUACAUCCUGAGAGAACUGUGUGUGUUAUUUAUUUAAAUGUGAAGCCCUGGAUGGCAGUUAUUUUGUUUCUGUACAAGUUCAUGUAAGAAGUUUUUUUUAUUUAUUUCAGUAAGCCAUGGGGUGCCCUCUGCUCCCUUAACUUGACUUAAACUUAUUUAGGCCUGUAAAUAUUUUUAUUUGCGUAAAAUAUUUAGUGUAGUUAUUAUUCUUGUGGCAUGUUACCCUGCAGUAGCAUCUGGUAUUGUCAUAUGUUUCAUUAAUGUAGACAAAACAUUUUAUUUACAUUUGAUGUAUUCUUUAUAUUCACAGAACAUGAUGUGUCUGCCUAUUGUUGGCUGUGUUGCAUCUUUAGCACUAUUUCCAUAAAACAUUGAGUAUAUUAUUUACUACCCACGAUCUGUCAUAAGCACAUGUCUAUUUACUUGAAUUCCUAAAUGGAUAAUUGAUGAUGGAUGUGUCACAUAGACAAUCUGAAUAAAAUGCAAGUAUUAAAUUAA